UUUAAUUUAAUUUCAGGUGAUGUCAUUAUCGUUAUCUCACAGGUUAUUGUAGCAGUACAAAUGGUUCUAGAGCAAAAAAUAUUGAUGAAAUCUGAUGUACCGGCCUUACUUGCUGUCGGUUUGGAAGGAGUCUUCGGCUUCUUAAUCUUAUCAUUUUUGUUAAUUCCAAUGUAUUUGAUUGUGCCUCCUUCUUUUUUACGUCGACCAGGGAAUCAUUUGGAAGAUAUUUUAGAUGCAUUUUAUGAAAUAUCUCGUAGUUCCGAACUUGUUGUUUCCCUUUUAACGAUUAUUGCAAGCAUAGCUUUUUUUAAUUUUGCGGGUAUAUCUGUAACUAAAUAUAUGUCUGCAACAACUAGGAUGGUACUUGAUAACGUUCGAACUUUCAUCAUUUGGGGUUUAUCUGUAUUUCUUUUCCACAGCAGAUUCAUACCUUUGCAGGUAUUCUAUCCUAUUCGUUUUUUUUUUUUUCAGCCUGGAAAUGUAUAA